AUGUCCACGCCCAGGGUCGCGGCCCCGAUGAGCCCCGCAAUUCCCAUCGCGCCAAAGAGCCCCGCGCUGUCGUACAUCGACCUCGAGACGCACGACGCGACGCCGUCGUUCAACUACCUCUCCUCCGCGCGCGACGCGCUCCUCACCGUCGUGGGCAGCACGCCCGUCGACGAGCGGCCCUCCCGCUCGCCCACUCGGAGCUUCUUCCGCGACCGCGCCCCCAUCUCGCGUUCGCCCGACUCUGACUCCAGCCCACCACCCUUCCCCUCGGCCUCGGAGCGCUCCCACUCCUACACCCGCAACCGUUCGGCGAGUCGUACCCCCUCGAUCGACUCGCUCGAUACGGCCUCGUCGUCGGAGGCGCCUGCAACCCCGCGCAUGCACAACAACGUGCUCGCGCACGAGCUGCCGUCGCUCGACGAUCUCGAGCGUGCCUCGCGCUUCCGCGUGCAGAGCACGUGUACGCACUGUCACCGCGCGGGCUCGAACUUCCCGAGCUGCGCGAAGUGCGGCGAACGCUGGUGUUCGCGCGAGUGCCGCCGCGCCUCGACGAGUGUGCAUGCGCACGCUUGUCACGGACGCGCUGCGAGCGCGUGA